GGUUUGUUUCAGCAACGCGGUGCUGUUUGCCAGUUCUUUUGGAAGACCGCACUGGUGACAUUCCCGAUCUCGUUGGCAGCGCAAACGUCGUCCGUGUGGACAUGCGUCGCUGUGACUGUCGAUAGGUUUCUGGCUGUAAAAUACCCGCUACAUACACGUAUUUGGUGUUCACCUUCACGUGCCAAGUUAGUGCUAUCCAUAAUCGCGACCGUAUCAUUUCUGUACAAAUUACCGUCACUAUUCGAACUAACUCUCGACGAAUGCGGUCGUUUAGCGCCAACCCAACUACGUACAAAUUCACUCUAUAUUGUUCUCUACAAUACGUAUGGUUACUUAUUAUUGUUGAUUAUCAUUCCAUGGACUGUCAUGAUCGUUCUCAACGUUAUCGUUAUACGAGCCGUUCACAGCGCUUAUCACAUAAGACGCUCAUUGUUGCAGGUACAACGAACUGAAAAGUUCGACGACAAAGAGAGACGAUGUACACUGAUGGCGAUUGCGAUGAUUGUCACGUUCAUAAUAUGCAAUCUGAUGGCUGGAAUCAAUCAGAUCAUUGAAGCGUUCUUUGAAGAGUACGUUUCGUAUUUUCGGCUUCGACUCUCCAUUGGCAACUUGCUUGUUUGCGUCAACAGUGCGUCGAAUAUAGUCGUCUACUCGCUAUUUGGACGCAAGUUCCGUCGGAUGUGUUUAACGUUAUUAUGUCCAUGUAUCGCUAAAAAGGGUUAUAAGUGGUUGCAACCAACUGUCAUGCCUGAUUUGAAUGGAUUUUUACAACGGGAUGCAUCCACAAAUGUGGUACAGGUGAGUGAAUGCUUAAGNGUUCUUUUUCUCAUAUGUUUCGAACUUUUUGCACCGUUUCCAUCGCAAGCAUGUUACUUCUAA